AUGGGGUGGUCGACGAGCCAACCAGCACCAGUGACCCGGCAGGACUCUCUGUCGGAGGCGGAGACGAAGAUCAUCCUGGAUGUGAUCAAGAGGGCGGAGAGGCUGGACGAAACCGAACAGCAACGGAUCGGAGGUACGGCCCCGAAGGUACGGUCUCAGAGGUACGGCCCCCAAUGGUACGGUCUCAGAGGUACGGCCCCCAAUGGUACGGGCGGUGGAGAGUUCUUUGAAAAGGUGUUAAUUAUACGGCCGGGUCGAGAGAAGGGUGGGUGCUCCUCGGACCUGGAGACGGACACCAGCUCAGAGGACGAGGCGCAACGGAGGCUGAGGAAGACCGCUAGUGAAUGUGCCUCUCAUGACUCUGACGGCAUGCCCCCCAUCAGCCCCAAUCCCAGGUCCCGUAGCGUCUCCCCUUCGCCCUUCCGCUUCGACUCUCAGGACUCAACUGGUGCUGGGGGCGCCACUAGGGACAGCUCCGACGAUCACGGCUCCGACAAGUCCCCCGUCUCACCUGCGGUGACCCAGCGUGACCUGAGCCGGGCGCCGAGUCGGGAGAGUGCUGGAGGGGGAGGGGGGGAGGUGGGGUCGCUACUCCUCAGCCCUUACUACUCCCCCUCCCCCCACCAGCUGAGUCCUCGCACCGAGCUACGUCGUGACCAAGCAAUCGAUAGGUCCCCCUCCCCGCUACUCAGGGUGGCGUGGAGGGACUCAGGUCGGGGGUCCAACUCGUCAGUGAGUGACUCUCCCAACCACAGCCGAGAAAGCCGGGAAGACGGGGAGGUUGACGGCAGCGCCCCGGGGACGCCCGGCACCGGGGGCAUCACCGACCACCACUCCACCUCUGCCAUCGUCACGCCCACCCCCGCCACACCUCGAAGCCCACACCCGUCGCCCCUGCCCGUUAACAGAAGCAGCAGUAGCAGUAGCGGCAGCACCAACAUGGGGGGCGUAGGCGGGUCCUCGCCCACCGUCAAUGGGUUCCGCUCCAGACGGGAGUCUGAGGCCUCCAAGAGUAGCGACGACCGACGGCACCCUAGACUAGCCAGGAACACUGGUGACUCACGCGACUCUAGAGGUUCUCGGGACUCACGCGACUCGCUAAUAUCACGAGAGUCGUCGACACGGGACGAAGUGACUACCAGCAGCAGUGUUGACGACGUGUUCACCGAGGAGCGCACCGCCCCACACUCCUCCCCCAACACCAAGGACUCCAGCUCUCAUGGUACGGCAGAGAUGGGCACCGUCGAGUUUUCCCUCCUGUAUGACUCCCACAACCAGGCGCUCCACUGCACCGUGCACGGGGCCAGGAACCUGAAGCCAGCAGACAGCGGCAGCAGUAAGCAGGCCGACCCAUACGUCAAACUUCACCUCCUACCUGGCGCCAGCAAGUCCAACAAGUUACGAACGCGCACGAUACCCAAGACGAUUAACCCAGACUUCAACGAGACGCUCACAUACUAUGGCAUCUCUGACCAGGAUAUGGCGCGGAAAACUCUACGCCUCAAUAUCCUUGAUGAGGAUCGUUUUGGCUGUGACUUCUUGGGUGAGGCUCGUGUUGCUCUUAAAAAGGUUCGCCCACAUGAAACUAAACGAAUUAGGGUCAGUUUAGAUAAGCGAGCCAACCUUUUGGAGGACGAGGUGAAGGGAGAAGCAGAGAGAGGAAAGGUGCUACUCAGUCUGAAAUACGCCACACAGAGGAACGCUCUUAUUGUCGGCAUCGUCCGCUGUGCCCAUCUCCCUUCCAUGGACUCCAAUGGCUUCUCUGAUCCCUACGUUAAAGUGCAACUGAAACCAGACCCGACACACAAGAAAUACCGUACCGCAAUAAAAUGGAAAAAUCUCAAUCCAGAAUUUAAUGAAGAGUUUGUGUUUGAGGUCCGCAGGAAUGAACUGCCGAAGAAACUUUUAGAUAUUCGCGUUUAUGACAAAGAUGUUGGACGUAGUGACGAUUUUAUUGGUGGUUUGCAGUUAUCGCAGGACAGCAAAGGCUCUGAGCUGCGUCACUGGUACGACGCUCUGCAGUACCCUGACCGUCGACAUGACCGCUGGCACCAACUCAACAGCAAUGACAAUAGUGCCAUAGCAUAUAGUACUGAGAUCCCGCGUCGUCACCAGCCAGAGUUAGUGUUUGAGUCAGUGUUACCAGGCAUCGUUGAGCAUCGCACCUUUCAGCAACAUCGUCUCUUCUCAUCCUCUAGCACGUGUGGUACCAUAGUGGCAUUAUAG